UAGCUCGGCGUAGGUAACCGCACGCACUAGGUAUAUAAUAUACCUAGACCGUGGGGAACCCAACCAGUCCCGAGGCUGAAAGAACAACGGAAACAACUCUCGUACUCUUCGUCCUCCUUUCAGUCGGUCUGUUUCAGCUUUAAGUCGUUUGCAUCCUUCUCUUAUGUGAGGAGUCAACCAGAUGGAGGGGAAGCAGAAAUUCCAGCAGAAAUUCAUUCUGCUGCGAGUGGUAGUGGUGAUGUCAGGAGCCUUCCUCCUCUCUCCUGUUGCUGGAAAUGUUCAACCAAGUGUCUCUUACUUUGUCCACACCAUAGCGGGUCCAGCCUUCAUGGCUGCCAAUCUGACGUUUCCCCAGGAGAGUGCAACGCAUAUAAGAUUCGGAUUUAAUCAAUGUGGAUGCCGAACCACCUGCUUUGCCGUAGGCCCAUCGUGCCAAGCCUGGUCUUUCAUUGAAGCGGGAGUGAACGCCUCUGAAUGCCGAAUCAUCGACAAAGGACCCGAAACGACGAACCUGACCAAGAUGACGAAUGCAACUUACUACUUCAAAGAAUCAAGCGUGGGCGGGAAAUACACUUGGGCGCAGGACAAUCUCCUCUACGUGGAACUGGAGAACCAGUAUUACUUGGCACCAGGCAGAGCACAAUGUGCAAAAAUUCCUGGCCACAGGAUGCUCAUCUCCCAUUCUAACGAUACCUACAACUUCCUCAUUCAGUACAAUUCACUCUACGGCAGAGCUCAUAAUUUUUGGGUAGACCUCGUCAAGAUUGCUGACAGGCUAGCCCAAUGGGGAGAUGGAACUAAUGAAACACAUCAGCCAUACCAUGUGCACAUGGACAAUACUGCCACAGUGGAACCAUAUUUCGUUGCUUGGAACCACGAGUAUCUCCACGAUGUUGUAGAUAACUCUCGAUCAGUCCUUUGCCAAGCAAACCCUCUUGGAGUAAAUUGGUAAAGGCGACGAGGAAACAACUCCGGAUGAAGACCUUUGCAAAAUGGUGGGCGAGGAGAAUCUCACAAGAUGAAUGUAGUUCUACUUCUGCUUCAGAAAACAUGAAACCAACAGUCGAUUGUGACGUUACCAUGACUUAGUCUUUGAAUUUCAAACCAACUAUAGUUUUGCUAUUGGACUUGAAGCUAACAUAGCUGUUUUACCGUAUGCACACAUAUGAUUUUCAUUACAUAGGGAAUGAAAUUUUGGCUUCUAUCCAGAGAUAGUACGAAAAAUGUUCUGUUUCUUUCUAGUUGACACUCGAAUUCUUUGGCUGACUCUGGGAGCUUGUUUUCUCAUUCAAGUAUACCAGGUGUCUCAUCGAAGUACCUGAAUAUCAAACUCAAUUAUUCAUCAUGUGAGCACGAAGGGCUGGCAUUCUUAGAGUUUCAUAAAAGUGUCUCAUUAUUGCAAAUCUGUUUCAUUUAUACACUGUAUGUUUUAUCUCUAUAUUUUCUGGCAGUUAGACGCAUUCGACACUCUAUAUUUGUCAUCCCUCAGAUAUUGCACAGACUAAUGAAGGUGUUAAGAUUUUCUCAACAGAAGCAAGGAGUGAGAACAAAAUAGUCACUAAAAGAACACUCAUUGACAGCAUCCCCUCUGUAAACGGGGACAAAAAGCACACCUCCAUUUGACGUGAAAGCUCACAAGGAUUUAUGUAGGCCAAAGCCAACAGAAUUUUCCGUUGGCCUUGAUGUAGGCAGCAGAUCCAUCUCGACUGAGUAGCUGCGGUUAGUAAGUGUCGCGAGUCUGAUGAUAAUGAGGUAUAGUGCCGUAAAGAAGACGACUGAAUGAAUGCUAUGACAAGCUUUGUACUGUGAAAAAGGAAGGAAUUCGCGAAGGACUGAUAAGGAAAUAUGUUUGGGAACCAUUCGAUGACGAGUUCUAACCAAGCUAGAGAGACAAAGGUAAACUGUUGAUGUCACGCUUUAUGUUCAGCGACCACCUGCAAAUGUUGAGAGCGUGUCAUGUCAUUAUUUGAUGACGUUGAUACUUACUUUGCUUGUCAUUAAAACCUAAGACAGUUUUCAACUCGUCCUUGGUGUGUUACACACACACGGUUAGUCGGUUGUACACACCAAGCUCGAGGUACGUCCGAAACAAGCCGGUAUUUAUCAAAGAGGAAAGGAAAUCUCUAGAGCAGCACCGUCGUUCAACUUAUUAGGUGUUGCCCAGCUAAAUCUAACCCAACAAACCAACAGAAAUAUAUUAUCAUACUUUUAGACCCUCUAAAAUGAUAAGAGUGCUUCCCGAAAGCAAAGGAUUUUACAGAAAAAAAUGUUUUUUUUUUUGUUUUGUUUUGUGUGUAACGUUUGAUAUAUACGAAUUAUUCCCCCAUAUUAAAACGAAAACUAUGAAAAAUGUAUUUUUUCAUCCAGUCAGAAAUAUACAAAUUAUUACCCUAUUUUAACACGAAAACUAUUAAAAAAAAGAUUUUUCAUAAUCCAUUUUGGUAAAUAUUACAAGCAUAAAUCCAUUUAUUCUCCCUCAUGAGUCAGUGAUGAUCGAGGGUCUCUCGCUUACUGGAAUUCUAGUUACAAGUUACGUGAUAAUCACUUCAUCGAGUGAUCGAGCAUCAGGGAUGUGUAAGUACUGAGUGUUUGUGCUUUUAUGAAAAAUGUCGUUGCAGGGAAGAUGCUGUACGAAUACACUGAAUGGCUGAAUUCCUCCUGUCCUUUCUUGCUCAGUAGCAAUCAUUAUGACAGUAUUAUGCGUGAUGUAGUGAUAUAUCAGAUCCUGUAGAAGUGGCGAAGUUACGAGCACACCAUAAUCAGUAAAGUGAGUUUGAAUAUUUAUAGUCUGUUUUUCUCUCUUCAUAGCUGCCAACUUAUUAUUCAUUAUCAAGUUUUUGAAGUUUUUUAAAAAUAUUCCUCAAGUUCCCUUCUGCGUUUACUCAAUUGUACCUUUGUAUGUUCUGAGUUAAUAUUAACAUGAUGUUCUCGACCAUCCCAUUUCAUCCCAAGCUUGUGUGUGUGUAUGUGUGUAUUUAUUGUUUACACUAAAUAUCUCUUGACGAGUUCUUAUUAACUUCUUGUUGAACUAUAUGACCUUAUGUCAGCAAGUGAUCAGGUUCUCGGAGCAGCCAGUAACUGUUAAUUGCACUAAUGCCGAAUGCCAAGUAUGCCAAAUAAAUCUGGCUGUAUAUUUUUUGUCGAAACUUUGUAUGGCAGUAAUUCAUGCAAAUGAUUUCACUUUUG